AAACAUCAGAAACUUCCAAUUUCUUUGUUAUUUGUUUGUCUUAUGAUCAGCAGCGCUUUAAUGGCUGCCUCUGCCAACUUCUACGAGGAGGUUGACCAGAUCUGGGGAGAUGGCCGAGCCCAAAUACUCAAAAAUGGGGAAGUCAUGAGCGUGUCUCUGGACAGAACCUCCGGCUCCUGUUUCCGGUCUAGAAAUCAAUACUUAUCUGCGAAGAUGGAUUUGCAAAUCAAGCUGGUCCCGGGGAAUUCUGCGGGGACUGUCACUGCAUUUUACGUGUCGUCUGUGGGGGAGUUUCAUGACGAGAUAGACUUUGAAUUCUUGGGGAGAGUUGAUGGGGAUCCUUACAUUCUUCAGACCAAUAUGUUCAUUCAUGGAGAAGGCAAAAGAGAGACCCAAUUCUUCCUUUGGUUUGACCCCACCAAGGAUUUCCACAACUACACCAUUCUCUGGACUCCUCUGCAUAUCGUUCUGUACGUGGACGGGAUUCCGAUAAGAGAGUUGAAGAACAAGAAAGAAACGGGAGCUCCGUUCCCGCUCCGGCAGCCGAUGAGAUUAUACGGCAGCCUUUGGAACGCGGAAAGCUGGGCCACCAGAGGUGGGGCGGUGAAGACAGACUGGACCAAAGCGCCGUUCCGAGCGUGGUUCAAGAAUUUAAGGGCCGAUGGGUGCUUAUGGUCCGACCAUAAUGGAAAAUCCAAAUCCAACUGCAGUUCAAGUUCGGCCACGUGGCUUUCGUCCUCCACACUUGAUUAUGGAAGUCAACGACGCAUGAAAUGGGCUCAACGCAACUUUAUGUUCUAUGAUUAUUGUAAUGACACCGCUCGUUUCCCUCAAGGUCUUCCUCCCGAGUGUUAAUUCAUCGCCAAUCCUCUCCUUUUAAUUCUGGUUUGAGGACCAUUAGGACUAUCUUGUUCUUACUAUUGAAUGUUCCAUAUCUUAAAAAAAAUUGCAAAAGACAAAAAUUCUUUUUUUUUUUAUAAU